AUGAAGGGAGAUUUGGACUUCUCUGCACAAGGACAUGAAGCAAACAUAAAAGUUCCAGAUGUUGACAUCAAUGCUCCUAACAUUGACAUAGAAGGCAAUAAGAACUGCACAUGCACAGACUGCGCUGCCCCGCCCGCCGCCAUCCUGCCCGCCGCCAUCCUGCCCGCCGCCAUCCUGCCCGCCGCCAUCAUGCCCGUCGCCAACAUGCCCGCCGCCAUCAUGCCCGUCGCCAACAUGCCUGCUGCCAACAUGCCCGCUGCCAACAUGCCUGCUGCCAACAUGCCCGCUGCCAACAUGCCCGCUGCCAACAUGCCCGCUGCUAACAUGCCCGCUGCCAUCCCACUAACCGUUUUAGAGUCCAGAAACCAGAGUCAAUUAUCGUGA